AGUUUUUGAUGAAGCAAACAGCAGACUCCGGAAGGUUCUUUGUGCCAGUUCAAUUUGAAUUUUCGGUAGCUGACACGACGACGUUGGAGCGGUGAAAAAAUAAAUAAAUUUAUAGAAAAUAUAUCCAUAGAAGGCUGCUCAAUCUGGGCAAGUUGCAUGCUCUGACACUUUGACGUUUGGCAAAUUGAAAGUUUUAAACUCCCCAUUCACCACCCCAUCAUAAACCUGCCCGGAAUGCGCUCCUUGUGGCUUCUACUUCUAGUGGCUUUCGUUGGCUGCGGCCCAUGUGUUUCAGCUUUGCGUUGCUACAAAUGUGAAGACUGCGAUGAAAAUACGCAGCUAAGUGAAAUGGAAGUGUGUGAGAGUCCACUGAUGGGCGGCAACUCCAGCACGAAACCAAAUCCUGCUCCUUCUCCAUCACCAGCUGAAACGAAUAAUACAAAUAGUGCUCCUGGCUCCUUCUCCUCCUCCGAUGCCAGCGAAGAGGAAGAGGACUCUGAAAGCGAAGAAUCGGCGACCAUAGGCAUCAUGCCAGCAGGAUCCGGAACAGCUGCUGUAGGCGGAGGAGCAGCUGGAGGAGCAACCGGAGGAGCAGCUGGAGGAGCAGAUGGAUCAGCAGCGGAAGAAGUUGUAAGCGAAGAGGAGGAAGAGGACGAAGAUGAGGAGGAUGAGGAGCGACGCAGGCGGAGAUCGAAUGCACGACAGGUCGAUCUCGAUGUGCCAAUUGCCUUCUGUUACACAGUGAGGCUCCAACUUAACGAAUCGACGAUCACCAAGAGGGGCUGCACCACCGCCAGGAGGAGCAAUCAGACGGGUGGAUGCGAUGGUCUCUUCGAGAACUGGACGGUGGCCGGAUGCCAGCUGUGCCAGGACGAUGGAUGCAACCAGCCCAUGGCCAUCGGAUCAUCCAGUAGAAACAAUGUCCAAUUCUGGACACUGCUGGCUGGACUCAUGCUAAUGGCAUUUAUGACCCGCCGCCAUCCGAUAUGGUAGAAAAUCAGCAGACACGGCGUGGGGGCUCGAUCGAUAUGAAAUAUAGAAAUACAAGAUAUAUGGCCGCC